CUUCAAACCUCGUUCAUACCAUUAGGAGAAAGUUACUUGUUCGAAACACAUGAAUUAAACUGGGUUCACCGUUUUGCGAAUAAGUUAUCUCAGUUUGAAGCUCCCCGUAAUCCGCUUCUUGAUAGAAAUUCUGAGGGUUGGAUAAACUGCCACAUUUUGGCGCCACUUAUUGACGAAUGUUUUUUAACCUGUGAAAACAUCCAAAUUCAUCGUUGUGAAGAAAUGUCUCUAGCUUCAAUCAUCCGCAAGAAUAUAUCAAGGGAGGAGGCCGAUAAGAAACAACCUGGUCAUAAAAUAGACAUUAUUUUUCGUGUUGAUGACAUAGAAUAUUUUGGUGCAGAAACAUUUACUGAUGAAGAUCUCCAUAAUUCGAGACCAAUCUCUUAUAAAUAUAAAUUGUUCAGAGAAAUGAAAGAUCAAUUGGAUCGUUUAUUAAAAAAAUUGAAAUUUACAAGAGAAACAGUGAAAAGGGUGAAAAAUAUUAUUCUGCAUGGAAUAUCCCACGGAGGAUUUAACGGGACAAUGUAUUCUAUGUAUUAUGAUAUUGAUAUCGGAUAUUAUUUUAUCUUUGAAUCAUGUCAUUAUCGAAUUGGAACAACAUGGGGAAGCGUUCCUGAAAGCCUUGCAGCCCUAAAGGAUGUGCUAGGAUUAAAGUGA